UCUGAUCCUCUAGUUUCUUAUGGUCAGCAUUUUGGACGUACUGUUUUUGCCCGCUGCAAUUAUCCCUCCCUGUUAACUAAUGGCAUACUACAUUUGGAACAACUGGAAGAUACAACACUGGAAGACUUUUGCACUGAAGAGCGCAGAGAGCACAAAGUUUUUCUAAAGCUCUUAGAUUCUUACCCUGGACUCUUGGAG